AGAGCUUUACUAGACUGACUCAGAGAGAGACAGACUGUAGUCUCAGAGAGAGAGAGAGAGAGAGAGCUUUACUGGAUUCAGCAGGAACAACAGAUGGUCUACAAUGGAAGUGUAUGUCUCCAGUAGUGGUUGAGGAGGUGGUCUGUCCGCACGCAGCAUCCCACCCCCAGCAUGGAUGAUCCUCCUGGGCCACAACCACCAUACUCUUCCUCCCAUCUCACUGGCUCCACCACCACCACCUCUCCUCCUCCUCCUCCACCACCAAGUCUCUGAGGCUGAGUAAACCUAGCCGGGCCUCCACCACCCCACCACCCAGACCCAACCACCCCACCACCACAUUGGGUCUUCAGACCUAGGCAGCCCACCAUCACCCCACCACCCAGACCCAACCACCCCACCACCCAGACCUAGCCAGCCCGCCAUCACCCCACCACCCAGCCCACCACCACCCCACCACCCAGACCUAGCCAGCCCACCACCACCCCACCUCUCUGUCACCAUGACACACAUGGACUACGAAUACACCCUGCUGGGUUCCCCGAUGGAGGACUACAGGAAGAGACCUCUGAAACUACAGGUGGACGACAGCCCCAUGAGCCUGUUUGCCAUUCUGGAGGUGAAACGUGACCCUCUCCACCGACUCUGGCCGUGGUGCACCCUGGGAUGUGGUACGAGCACCCUGACCUGCUUCAGGAAGGUUAAACUGUACAGCUUCCUGUUCGGCCUCACCGUCAUGUUCCUCAUCAUGGCUUCCUAUAUCCUCACUGGGGACAAGAAGGGCCUCCUCUUGACCCCGUCCCCAUAUCAUUUCUCUAUGGUCCCUAACUCGGGGUCCGGAGCUGGGCCCUACCCCUUUAAUGUGUCUUCUGCCAAGGACUAUGCUACCAUUAAACUUAUGGUGAAGAGCAUAGCGUCCAAGGUGGAGUUCAGUUCUACUAGACAGCUGCCAGAACGCAAGGCACUAAUACACAGUGAGCCACAUAUGUUUUCCGUUAUCCCCCACAAGUUUCUUCCCAACGUCAAGAACCCUUGUUGGUACGAGGAACACACUGGGAAUAUCACCAGGGACCCUUACAGGACAAACCUUUACGCCCGGUACUCCCACCGCUUCAGAACCGUGUUUGAGUACCUGAGGAAGGCUUUCCGAGAACACUUGUACCGCCGCGGGGGGAAAUACUACCGCAUGCGUUGCCUACCUUACUUCUACAUCAUAGGCCAGCCUAAGUGUGGCACCACAGACCUGUAUGAUAGGCUGCAGCUGCACCCGGAGGUUAGGUUCACCACUUUCAAAGAGCCUCACUGGUGGACCAGGAAAAGGUUUGGUAUAAUCCGUCUGAGUGAGGGAUUCCAUGACCGUUACCCAGUAGAAGACUAUUUGGAUCUGUUUGACCUGGCAGCCUAUCAGAUUCAAGACAACCUGAUGGGAAACGCCCACUCCGGAGCCCCAGAGCAACACAACAUCAUCAUAGGAGAGGCCAGUGCGUCCACCAUGUGGGACAACAAUGCCUGGGCGUAUUUCUAUGACAACUCGACUGAGGCGGAGGUGGAGCCACCCUUCCUCAUCCAGGACUUUAUCCACACCCUUCAGCCUGACGCAAGGUUCAUCGUCAUGCUCAGAGACCCUGUAGAGAGGUUGUACUCCGACUAUCUCUACUUUGGGAUCACUAAUAAGUCUGCGGAGGAUUUCCAGGACAAGGUGUCAGAGUCUCUCCAGCUGUUUGAAGGGUGCCUGACAGAGUACACCAUGCGCUCCUGUGUGUACAACACUACGCUCAACAACGCCAUGCCAGUCAGGUUGCAGGUGGGCCUGUACAUAGUCUACAUACAAGACUGGUUGACAGUCUACAGUAGAGAACAGAUUCUGGUCCUACGGCUUGAAGAUCACGCUUCCAACAGGAAAUACACAAUGCACAAAGUCUUUGACUUCCUCAACUUGGGUCCGUUGACGGUGCAGAAGGAAGCGGAGAUCACUAAAAGUCCCGCCUCCAACACACGGCGGCCAGCAGAUAAGAACCUAGGACCCACUCCCGUAACCAAGGAGAUACUGAGGGACUUCUACACUCCAUUCAACAUGAAACUGGCCAAGGUGCUCCGCAAUGACUCCUUCAGAUGGGACAACUAUUCAAAACUCAUAUAAAGACUUUUUUUAAUGGGGAAACCAUUCAAAACUCAUAUAAAUACUUUUUUUUAAUGGGGAAACCAUUCAAAACUCAUGUCAAGACUUGUUUUAAUGGGGAAACCAUUCAGAGCUCAUAUAAAGAUUUGUUUUAAUGUGGAAACCAUUCAGCACUCGAAUAUCCCAGUCAAUGUUCCAUCCACAUUUUUUGGGGCACUGUGCAAAUUUCCGGUCUGCUGAGCGCAAACUUGAACUUUGUGAAAAUUCUGUGCAACUUCCAGCGUGCGUUCACUGUGAAUACUGAGGCUGUACCCGCUUUAAGUUACAGUUUUACUGUGAACACUGAGGCUGUACCCGCUUUAAGUUACAGUUUUAACAGUGACCAAGUAGGCUACUGUGGCUAUUUGUUCAUAAUGUAGGUCCACCAGAGUGGCCUACUAUCAAAACAAUGGAGAAAAAUGCAUCCCAUAACAUGUUAAUAACAUGGAAAUAACUGUUCUAUCAUUCAGCCUACAGUAGCAGCCAAUGUGUGGUGUUCAAUGUCUACAUUCCAUCAGACUUUUGAAGAGAAAAAACAUGCAGUAUUUGACAUUAACCUGUUGAUCCACUUGUCCUUCAGACAUGGAGGUGACUGAAAAUGUUGUUGUGUUGUUUGAUGCAAGAAACCACUUUCCAAAAUAAAAUCCAUUAUUAUUCCCAUACCAUUAUUACAGAGAAUAAGACAAAUUAUGCUACCCUCUGCCUAUUGGCUGCUGAGCUUAUUCAAGCCUGUCUCAAAAUACAACACUGCCCCUUUAAGAAAACAAAAAAAAGCUCUUUACCUGACUCCCUUUUCCAAAGAUGUCUAGAAAUGUACACAUUUUGUGCUCUUGUUGGAAGCAAUCACUCCCCUAUUUCUGACUACAAAUGGGCUAAUAUCUCACUAACUGGCAAAGGAUAUGAACAAAAUGGGCACACAUGGAUAAAUGCAGCUCUUGCUUUAACCUCAGAACAAGCGCAUCCACUCACGACCGCUCAUGCUGUAAACACAGUCCAGUUCAAAGUCAAUGGCACAGAUCCAUAUAUGGCAAUGGUCUAUUUGCAUAUAGGCCUACUGCAGCUCUGAUUGUUUAUGCUACACUGGUCCGUGUAGAGUACGGUCUGAGUUGUGCGUGUCAAUACAAUAGAAUCGUGGAAGAAGUUUGGAACCACCAAGACUCUUCCUAGAGUUGGCCGCCCGUCAAAACUGAGCAUUCGGGGGAGAAGGGCCUUGAUCAGGGAGGUGAACAAGAACCCAAUGGUCACUCUGACAGAGCUUUAGAGUUCCUCUGUGGUGAUGGGAGAAUCUUCCAGAAGGACAACCAUCUCUGCAGCUCUCCACCA